CAGGCUGGGCACCGGUCAGGGCGUAGGGCCACCGCAGGUGGGGACAACCCCCAGUCUAAGGCAGUUUGUCAUGUUCAGGCAUGGGACCCCCGGAGAAGUACCUCUUAAUGACCCUUGAGUACUCCGGAGCUGUAGAGAGCGCAUCCUGAGGACAGGAGGGAACGCCCACAAACCCCAGGGGGAACAUUCCUGUGUUUCAGUCGAAACUUUAAAAAGAUUAACUUUUGCUGGCCGAGCCACAAUUAGUCAUGCACAAAACAUUUUGAGAAUUACUCAUUUCCUGGAGUUGAACUGUCCAAUUACCAGUUUUCCUUUUAAAAAGUUGAUUCUCUAUUUGGGUGGACAAGUUCGCUUGGACAUUAACAAAGGAAAGGCCACUGGUAUUCACAGUGGCUAGAAAGCUGGAAGUCAAUUCAAGACAUCUAAUAAAUCCCUCGGGUUCAGUGUCUCGUUCGAUCCAGUUUUCUGGAGGUCUCCCGGUGAAAACAAGUGACAAAGCCACUGUUGAGUGAGAUGGGCCAGCGACCGCCCGGUGGUGUCUCUAUUGCAAGAACUCUGAAAGAGAUGAAGAGAGCCCUUAGCAAUGAUGCUGACUUCUCGUGGUUCCCGGAGCCCUGCUGAGCAGAUGGAGGCUGGCCCAGAGCCUGACUUCUGUGGUUCUGAACAUGGCCCUGAGCACUGUGUCUGCUGAGGUCAUUCACCAGGUGGAGGAGUCUCUUGAUGAGGAUGAGAAGGAGAUGAUGCUCUUCUUGUGUAGAGAUGUGACUGAGAAUCUGGCUCCACCCAACGUCAGGGACCUCCUGGAUAGUUUAAGCGAGAGAGGCCAGCUCUCCUUCGCUGCCUUGGCUGAGCUGCUGUACAGGGUGCGGCGGUUUGACCUGCUCAAGAGGAUUUUGAAGACAGAUAAAGCAGCCGUGGAGGACCAUCUGUGCAGAAGCCCUCACCUUGUUUCCGAUUAUAGGGUGCUGCUGAUGGAGAUUGGGGAGAAUUUGAAUCAAUCUGAUGUAUCCUCCUUAAUUUUCCUUACAAAGGAUUACACAGGCCGAGGCAAGGUAACCAAGGACAAGAGUUUCUUGGACCUGGUGAUUGAACUGGAGAAACUGAAUUUGAUUGGUUCCGAUCAGUUGAAUUUAUUAGAAAAAUGCCUGAAGAGCAUCCACAGAAUAGACUUGAAGACAAAAAUCCAGAAGUACACGCAGUCCAGCCAAGAAGCAAGAUCAAAUAUGAAUGCUCUCCAGGCUUCUCUCCCAAAAUUGAGUAUGAAGGAACAUUUAUAUAACUCAAGGCUCCAGAAUGGGCGAAGCAAAGAGCCAAGAUUUGUGGAACACCAUGGCAUUCAGAGAAAACCGGUGAAGACAUCCAUUCAGGAAUCAGGAAUUUUUCUGCCUCCGCACAUACACGAAGAGAGCUACAGGAUGCAGAGCAAGCCUCUAGGGAUCUGCUUGAUCAUCGACUGUAUUGGCAAUGACACAGAAUAUCUUCGAGAGACCUUCACUUCCCUGGGCUAUCGCGUCCAGCCUUUCUUGUUUCCCAGUUCACAUGAAAUAACCCGGAUUGUUCGCCGAUUCUCCAAUAUGACCCAACAUCAAGACUAUGACAGCUUUGUAUGUGUCCUGGUGAGCCGAGGAGGCUCCCAAAGCAUGAUGGGCGUAGAUCAGGUUUACUCAGGAUUCUCCUUGGAGAAUGUCAAGGACAUGUUCAAGGGGGACAUGUGCCCUUCUCUCAGAGGAAAACCCAAGCUCUUUUUUAUUCAAAACUAUGAGGCAUUGGAAGAUAACAGCCUGGAGGUAGAUGGGCCAGCGAUAAAAAAUGUGGACUCUAGGCACCUGCACCCCAGACACUGCACAACGCACCCGGACGCUGAUAUCUUCUGGAGCCUGUGCACAGCAGACGUAUCCCGGUUGGAGCAGCCCUCCAGCUCGCUCUCUGUGUACCUGCAGAAACUCUCCCAGCUGCUGGAGCAGGGCAGGAAGCGCUCACUCGUGGAUCUCCAUGUUGAACUCAUGGGCAAAGUGUAUGCCUGGAACAGUAGUGUUCCUUCCAAGGAGAAAUACUACCUCAGUCUGCAGCACACUCUGAGGAAGAAACUCAUCCUGUCUCACACAUGAAAACCCAAAGCCUUCGGAGUUCUCGGUGUAGCGUCCAAGGUGGCCUGGAGCUGGCAAGCCUCCUGAUUGCCUGGGAGCAAUCCAAAGAAUCAGGUGCUGCCCUUGAAGGUUCCGGCUGCUUCUGGUUCUGGCGUGAGUCCUGCUUUCCGGUUCCCCUGUGCACAAGCAGAAUCCAUACACUGCUGCUGCCAUGAGCGUCUCACUCCAGCCACCAUGCCUUUACCACUCUGACAAACUGAAUCCUCCAACACUGUGAGCACAGCAAACUCCCCUCUUACCUUCCUUAGUCAGAUGCUUCGCCACAGUGUGGAGAGCAGACUUAAACCUACUGGUUUUGGAGAUUUAUAUCAAACUAUAUUAAGUUAUUAUAUGUGACAGUGUAUGGCUCCAGAUUUUAACAGUGGCACUGACUGUAAUUUGAGACUUACCUAAGUUCAUCAGGUAACUGGGUAAAUUGUCUCUACGGCUAAAGUGUGCAUAUCUAAUCAUUUAGUAAGUUAUUAGCUCAUUAAGUUAUUAUAAUAACCCAUUGCCUUAGCAAUGUUGUAUCAUUGCUCCUGGACUUUCACAUUUGCCUCCUAUUUCUGUAACUUAGCUCCACAUCCAUAUUCUUUCUCCACAGAAACAAAUUCCAUCAUGUAUGUUCAACAUUCAUAGUAUAAUGCUUUGUAACACACAUAGAUAGAAAAAUAGCUACCCAUGAGCACGGGAGAGCUGGCCCUGACUCUCGCCAGCUAUGUGAUGGUUUGGGUGAAGUAGAACUGGCUCUGCCCCUUGAAGGUUGUAGCGCUUAGGAGAGUAGCUCGCACCUUGCCUGGGCAGCACAGUAGAGCCAGCCCCAAGAGCACAACAGUGAGUGGGAGAGCUCGCCCUGGCUGGCUCGGGAACAGGAGAACAGGUGAGCUGACCAACUCAGAUACCAUCCAGAGCUUUGAGUUGACCUACCCUGGCCAGCAUCCGCGUCAUCUGCUGGAGCAUGUGAAGGGGCAGGUCCUGCAGAAGCAAAGCUGCCGGACUUCAUAACACAGGGCAACAACAGGCUAUCUGAGAGGAGUCCCAGGGAGGGCCAGUACUGAUAGUGCAUCAGAAGCCAGAGGCCUCAACCAGGCCAGUGAUUCACUGUAAUGAACAUUUGUAAGGAAAGCUGUGCGGACUCACGGGUGUGCUGUGGGACACACGGUGACACACAGGGGCUUUUAUGUACAGAGAUGCUUUCAUUUUUAUUUGUAUUUUUUGUUUUCUUUGGCAGGGACAGAUUGCUAGAGCAGAGAGUGGGUAUGGAGGGCUGGAGAGAAGAGUGGGAUUGGGGUGCAUGAUGAAGAAUUCACAAAGAAUCAAAAGGGGUUGGGGAUUUAGCUCAGUGGUAGAGCGCUUGCCUAGCAACCUCAAGGCCCUGGGUUCGGUCCCCAGCUCCGAAAAGAAGAAAAAAAAAAAAAAAAAAAAAUGUGCAUCACAAAGAAUCAAAAACCUAAAAAGAAAGGAAAAGAGAAUAGUUGCAUAGUGAAACAGAUUAGCUUUAUUUAUAAUUUCAUAGCUAGCUUUUUUUUAAAUAACAGGAGCAGUUAGAACUUAUUUAUUUAUUAAAUACUUUUGGCAUAAGAUUUCAAUGUUCAUAGAAAAGUCCUGUCAUACCAGUGCUAGGAUAGGCCAAAGGACCACAUGCUCUGAGCCAGUCUAGGUGUGUAAACACAAAGGUGUGUGUGUGUUUGUGUGAGAGAGGACCGAGAAAUUCUAUCACAUCCAAUACAAUAUAAUUUUGUUAGCUGCUAUAAAACAUGGUUAAUUUACUUCUGUGUACUCUCAAGUAACCUAGUAAUAUUCUUUAUCUGUAUUUAAGAAUAGUAGUCAAGCCCCACCCCCUGAGGUUUGGGGAUCUGUUCCAAAGAGGAGGCAGAAAGACCGUAAGAGUCAGAGGUUGUGGAUGACUCCAAGGAGCAGCAGCAUCCAGACACAACAGGACCCAAGCACAGUGGACGCACAGAGACUCAAACCAGAGUCCCAGCACUGAGAAAGGGGUUAGGAAGUUGUGGCCCAUGAGCACAUGGGAACCAGGAAUGUUCAACACUCAGGUCUGCCUCUUCAAGGGGAGAGACAUAUGACCUGCUUCUGCCCAGAAGGCAGGAACAAUGUGAGUCAUAGCUGGUGGUGUCCACACUAUCUGUAUGGCCAGGCCAUGCUGCCUCCCUCAGACUCAUGUUUAUCUCCAUCAGUCGGCAAUCUGUCCUCCCUGCCACGGUCAUGGGGGCCACUUUUACCCUGAGCCUGCUUCCUCAGUUAAUCCAGGGAACCUGUCUGUGGGGAAGAUGUUGCUUGUACUCUACGAGAGUCUCCGUAUGGCCAUCUCUUAGGCUUUGUACACACAGGACUGAUUAAUCACCACCAGAAACUAUUCUGACAUUGUGCUGUGCUUAGAUAUGCCUAAAAUAAACCACCCGGUGUCAGACUCCAGAAGUU